AUGGCAGACACGGCAGAAGGACAACCUUCAGUAACAGAGCCAUCACGAGCGCCUCCGCCGCAUGAGCACUCUCAACCCGGCCGACAAUCACCGCGCCUUCUGGAGACCGAAAACACGGUAGAACCCGACUCAGAUGAUGGCGCAUCGGCACGAGUGGACGACGGCUGGGAUGAAGGCUUCGAAUCGAACAGCUCUAGGUCCACGUCCACAUCGCUUUCAAACAGCGUGCGAGACUACGUCUUUGAGAAUACUCGACGGUACCACAAGUACAUGGAGGGAAGGUAUCUACUGCCGAACGAUGAGCCUGAACAGGAGCGCGAGGACAUGAAGCAUGCCAUGUGCGUGAAUGUCAUGGAUGGAAAGCUGCACAGCGCGCCGUUGAAGAACCCGCAAAAGAUCAUUGAUAUCGGGACGGGUACGGGUAUUUGGGCCAUUGACAUUGGCGAUGAAUAUCCUGAAGCAGAAGUCAUUGGCAUCGACCUCUCACCGAUUCAACCAGAUUGGGUGCCUCCCAACGUCCAGUUCAUGGUGGACGACGCCGAAGCGGACUGGGUAUGGCCAGCAAACUCUCUCGACUUUGUGCACGCACGGCACAUGUGCAUGGCGAUCAAAAACUGGCCUUCCCUCCUGUCUCAAGCCUACACGUCGCUCAAGCCCGGCGCAUGGAUCGAGUUACAGGAGUUACGCUUCCACCUACAGUGCGACGACGGCAGCAUGCCGGGGCCCGAAAGUUAUGGGUACGGCAAAUUCGUGGACCUCUGCAUGGCCGGUUUCCGCAGCUUCGGCAUCGAGCCGUUAUCGAUGGAGCGUAAUGCCGAGCUUCUCCGGAGCAGCGGGUUCGAGAACGUUGUCGAGAAGGUGUGGAAGGUGCCGAUUGGGGUGUGGCCGAGGGAUCCGAAGUUGAAGACUAUUGGGCUGUACAACCGAAGCAUGCUCAUCGAUGCGUUGCAGGCGGUUAGCAUGGCGCCUUUGACGAGAGGGCUGAAGUGGAGCGCCAACGAGGUUGAGCUGUUCUUGAUCGAUGUGCGAAAGAGUUUGAUGAACACGUCAAUACACUCGUAUUUGACGUUUCAUGUCGUCUAUGGACAGAAGCCUGGGGGAGGGUAA